CGCCCCUUCCGGCACACUCUGCCGGGUGACGUCAUCGCCGUCGCGCCGUCGCCACCCCGCCCAGCUCCCGGCUUCCGUACCCCCUACGCCCCUGUCGACCCUCGCCCGCCGCCGCCGCUGCCAGAAUGUCUGCAGGUGCACCUGCGACUUCAAGUGCUGCCUCUGGCAGCAAUCGAAGACUUCAGCAGACACAAAAUCAAGUGGAUGAGGUGGUGGACAUCAUGAGAGUCAAUGUGGAUAAGGUGCUGGAAAGAGAUCAGAAGCUCUCUGAGUUAGAUGACCGUGCAGAUGCCCUGCAGGCAGGAGCUUCCCAAUUUGAAACGAGUACUGCCAAGUUGAAGAGAAAAUACUGGUGGAAAAAUUGCAAGAUGUGGGCGAUAGGGAUCGGUGUCGUCGUCCUCCUCAUCAUCAUCAUCGUGGUGUGGAGCAUUUCUUCCUGAAGAAUCAGUGAAAUUCCAGCCUGCUGUUCAAGAAACCUCUUCAAGACUUUUGACUUAGAGCCUGCCAUGUUGUUAAGCUUACCUUACUGUUGUAUUCUAAAAUGAUUAUUUUCUGUUAGUUGAUGUAAAGUUUAAUUUCUAGGAAAUGUGCCUUUGUUUUUUAAUAUGCACUCCAAACUAGAAGUAUAGUCAGCCCAGCCUACACUGUGCGCAGUGCCUUUACAAAUUCACAUAUAGGCUGAUAAGCUUCUUCAGUUCCAGAGUGUUACAGUCUAGAAGUAAUGUUGUCUGAUUAAUUGCCAUUAAUUUCAGUCAAGGAAAUUAGUUCCAAGUUACCAAUUCUCAUCGUAUGUUAUCUUUAGAACUGCAUUUUAAACUUAGGGGUAAUCAGAUUUCCAAUUUGUGCCUUCCAGAAAGAACACUACUGCCUAACGCAAAUCGGUGACAAUAACAGGCUGUGCCUUAUUUUGCUGUUUUUCUAACUCCCUAACAGAGAGCCCUCUACUGUUUAUAAGCACUACUGACUCUGGUUGUAUUUAAAAUAAAAUGCUGGUAAGGAGUUUUCACUCUUACAUUAGAUAUGAAGAUGUUUACUUUCUUGUUAUGUAUCACUUGCUAAAAAUAUGCCUUUAAUCAGAAAUAAUAACCUCUUUAAGAUAUUUUAAUAGAACUAUGGCUGUGACCAAAGGUUCUCUUUUGCCAAAAAGUUAAAUGCCAGUAAAAUGUCCUUAAGUCUGUUCCUGACAGAUAAAUUCAAAGAAGUGACAAGUGGGAUUUAAGGUGCCCCUCAGAAUUAAAACUGCAGUGUCGUGUGUGAACCAUCUACAUCCUGACGGGCCUCGCUUGCUUGCGUCUGACACACUGUAAGUGGUGGCGUGACUCCCGUUCAGUCUGUCGUUUUUCCCAGGGGUUAGAGGAGGUUUGAGCUAGACUCUGACCAUCACAUACCUAGAGACACAGCUUUAUCCAGCAGUUUGCAGAUCGUCAACUGUGGAUCCAGUUGGUUUCUGUAAUUAUGUGAGCAACAAUUUUGUAGCCUUCAAGUGAGACCAUCUGCAGACUGGUCAUUAUAUGACCCCACAGACAAUACCUCGUUGGAGUGUUUCCUAUUUUAAUCCAUAUUCCACUUCCUAAAUCUGUCUUCUAAGUUCUGCUUUCAUUUCGGCAUUGGUCAGUGGUGGAUGACUUUUCAGAGGAUUGUUAACCAGAGACUCUUUCUUUGAUGUCAUAGACUCUGCACAAGAUGCUGCUUUGGAAAUAGCUGUUGUCGUCUGAGAGACUGUUGUAUAUGUGAGACUUUCAGUAUCAGGGUAUGUGGUGUAAGGAUGGGAAUUCCGGUAGGCAUGAAAACUGGCAAGAAGGCACUGAGGGAGAAACACAGUUUUACCACUCUGUGGCUCAUUCUUACUGGCAUAUUCUAAAAUUCUUGUUCACAUGCUAGUAUGAGACUUAACAGAGCAACAGCACUGAGGUGCACCAGGGCAUGGGCUCCAUUUCUUAUCUGUUCCCGUGACAUCACUGAAAUGACACAGUGUUGGAAACACGCCGUGCAGUGUACCCAGCUGUGAGAAAACAACAGCCUUCAGCACCGGGACAUCGGCCCACCUGGCUCAGGGUCUCUGGAGACCUUGGUGCUCUCUGCUGAGCCUUGAUGCCCAGUCCCAUGUAACCCACUGGCUCCUGCCCUAACCCAGGAAUACCUCGCUUGUAUCUGCAUUUAGCUGGGAACUUGCCCACUAUAAUGAACGGAAUAAACUGUUUAUAAACGUA